AUGGUGGACUCUUCACUCUUUCUUUGCCCUUGUCUCAUAAAUUAUCUAUCUAUCUAUCUAUCUAUCUAUCUAUCUAUCUAUCUAUCUAUCUAUCUAUCAACUCUAUUUCAAACUGGAUCUAUCUAUCUAUCUAUCUAUCUAUCUAUCUAUCUAUCUAUCUAUCUAUCUAUCUCAUUCUAUUCAUUUUAUGAAAAACAUGGUUUAUUUGAUGUCUAUCUAUCUAUCUAUCUAUCUAUCUAUCUAUCUAUCUAUCUAUCUAUCUAUAAAUUUAACUCUGCUCAUUUCGAUGUAUCUGUAUAUUUAUUUAUAUCUAUAUAUUAUAUAUAUAUAUGUCUUGACCUGUUCAUAUCUAUCUAUCUAUCUAUCUAUCUAUCUAUCUAUCUAUCUAUCUAUCUAUCUAUUAAUGAGAUAUAUAUAUAUAUAUAUUUUAUAUAUCUUUUUUAUGUGAUUCUUAACAUGGUUUAUCUAUCUAUCUAUCUAUCUAUCUAUCUAUCUAUCUAUCUAUCUAUCUAUCUAUCUAUCUAUCUCCUUGAAAAUAUGUGUAAAGUACAAUUACGUACAUAUACUGUAUCUUGA